AAGUAUCCGAAAGCAACACUAGUGUGGGGAAGCAGAAAAUAACCCUGAACGGUGGAAACACAAGACUUGCGGCCAGUCGUGUUGUGCGUCUCGUAGUGUUAACAAGUGACAUCAAAAAUGGUUCUGGACACAGAAGACUGGGCUGAUGAGCUCCCGCCAGAACAGAUUGCCGUCCUGCGCAAGGCGUUCGAUGGCUUCGACCACAACCGCUCGGGUAGUAUCCCCUGCGAUUUCGUCGCUGACAUCUUGAGGAUGAUGGGGCAGCCCUUCAACAAGAAGAUCCUUGAAGAGCUCAUCGAAGAAGUUGACGCUGACAAGUCCGGCCGCCUUGAGUUCGGAGAGUUCGUUACCCUCGCCGCCAAAUUCAUCGUUGAGGAGGAUGCUGAGGCCAUGCAGAAGGAACUCAGGGAAGCAUUUAGAUUAUACGACAAGGAAGGCAACGGUUACAUUCCCACAUCGAGCUUGCGCGAGAUCCUGCGGGAGCUGGACGAGCAGCUGACCGACGAAGAGCUCGACGGCCUCAUCCAGGAGAUCGACACUGACGGCAGCGGCACGGUAGACUUUGAUGAGUUCAUGGAGAUGAUGACAGGGGAAUAAGCUUCUAUUUCUAUUCUUUUUUUAUUUUUAUGAUCUAAUUUAAGGAAUCUCUACAUUUCGGUACUUCAACCUUUCGAGUCUUGGGAACAUUGGACAAGAUUACUGUAACAUUAAGAUGAAAUGAAAGUGUAACAUCUAACUUCAUUGGCAAUAAUAAAGUAUUAUGUAUGUAUUGUACAAAAUAAUAUUUGUUCUUGUUUAAUUGAUGUGUGUGAUUGCGUAAUGUUUAUACCUACUUAUUAAUAAAUCUUUUAUUCUAC